AUGGCGAGCCGAAUAUUAGGCCAAACUAUAUUAGUUGGCUGUUUCCUUUUUGCUCUUUUAUAUUACCUCUAUCAGCCUUCUGACGCACAACUGGCUCCGAAGUCUUCGCGCAGAUCGUCUGGUUCAGAGUUAGUGAAUGAUGCUAGGAAUUCCACGCUAGGGUUCGGCGCCAUCUAUGUUAUCAAUCUUCCCCCGCGAACAGACCGUCGUGAUGCUCUCGCGCUCAUGUCGUCCAUGACGGACUUGAAGUUAGAUUAUAUUGAGGGCGUACUCGGCAGUGAUGUUCUAGAUAAAGCGCUUCCCCCGCCAGCGAGUCACACGAGUCAACGAUCUGGCAACAUCGGCAGCUGGAGGAGUCAUCUGAACGCAAUUAGAGCGAUCGUCGAGAACAAUUUAGAUUCGGCACUCAUUCUCGAGGAUGAUGCGGACUGGGAUGUUCGCAUCCACGAUCAAAUGUACGACUUUGCCGAGGGAGUUCGAGCUUUGACAAUGCCACUUGCGGGCACGACGAACAAUUAUGCAGACCCCUCAUUCGUUGACCCAUCCAAGGGUGGUCAACCAGAAGAACUCAUCUUUGGCCAGCUUCCAAAGACCGUGAAGCCACAUAUAUCACCAUACGGCGACGACUGGGACGUGCUAUGGGUCGGACAUUGCGGUACUGAAGCGCCAAAUAUCAACCUUGCAAACGAAGAAAAGGCAAAAAAAUCGCAGUCUAUACCUCGCGGUCGUGUGGUUUAUUACAAUGAUGAGACCGUCCCUCAGAACCAUCAUCUACAUGUGAUGGAGCAGGAGCGCGACCCACGCGAGAUUUUCCCUGACCACACCCGCACAACUCACCACGUCAUGGGCCAGAUUUGCUCUUUAGUCUAUGCUGUUUCUCAACGCGGCGCUCGCCGCAUUCUUUACGAAAUGGGCGUAAGGAAGUUCAGUGAUCCCUACGACAUCAUGCUACGCGACAUUUGCGAAGGUGUCAACGGCCGGCCCAAGGGUGCUGUAUGUCUAUCCGUCGAGCCCGGUAUCUUCAACCACCAUCGACCCGUUGGUCCGUCCGCCUACCACAGUGAUAUUUCUGAACAUCUCGCUCCUCCGGUUGAGGUUGCGUUCACCGAGAACAUUCGAUACAGUGCACGUCUAGCGCUAGAGAAAUAUGCUAUUGGCUCGACCGAGUUGGAAGACCAAUGGCCGGAUAAAAUUAUUUCAUCAUCAUCAUCAUCGUCAUAUGCAUCAUAA